AUGCCACACAUAUCGCUCGCCAGCGUGGGGAACGUGUUCAAGAAAAAGGACAGGGACCUGCAUCCCAAGGAGGAAGAGGAAGAGGAUCCUGACGCCUCGGAGUUCGAGGACGAUGAAGAGAAGCCCGCGCCCAAGCCCAAGAGCCGCAGGCCCAAAGAAACGCCGUUCACGCAGCAGAGAAUCGCGUCCAUCAACCCGAUCGUGACCCCGCGUGGCACCAUGCUAUUAUACGUCGUGCUGGCCGUCAUCUUUGUGAUCUCCGGCGCGGCCCUGCUGCGCGUCUCCGCCAAAGUGGACCAGAUGCUGAUAUACUACCAGGACUGCUCCACGUCGGCGCCGACAGACGCGUUCAGCGACAUGGGCGAGGAACACUUCAAGUGGUCCUUCCACAAAGACAGCACGUACAACCAGGCGCCGCAGUGGAAGUACACGCCGCCCACCAGCGGCGACGUGGGCAACGGCACGUGCCAGAUCCGCUUCACCACGCCGCGCGACCUGCCCAGCUCCGUGUACCUCAGCUACCGCAUCGAGGAAUUCUACGGUAACCACCGGCGCUACGUGCUCUCGUUCAGCGAGGACCAGAUCAAGGGCGAGGAGACCACAAUCAGCUCUGUGAAGGACAAUCCGGGCAUCAACUGCAAGCCCAUGAUCUCGAACCACGAGGGCAAGCAGUACUACCCCUGCGGGCUCAUCGCCAACUCCAUGUUCAACGACACCUUCUCCUACGAGCUGCAGGGCUUGGGCAGCACGCAGUCCUACGCGCUGACAAACAAGGGAAUUUCGUGGUCUACGGACAAGAAUCGUUUCAAGAAAACCAAGCUCGACUACCGCAAAAUCGCGCCGCCCCCCAACUGGGCCAAGGCCUUCCCCGACGGCUACAACGCUACAAACGUGCCUGACAUCAACGAGUGGGAGGAGUUCCAGAACUGGAUGAGGACGCCGGCCUUCGCCAAGUUCCAGAAGCUCAUCCGCAGAAACGACAACGACACCCUCCCCGCAGGCGAGUACCAAAUCGACAUCGGGCUGAACUGGCCCGUGCUGGAGUUUGGCGGCAAGAAGGCUAUCUUCCUGACGCACGGGUCGAGCAUCGGCGGCAAGAACAACUUUUUGGGCAUCGUCUUUUUGAUCGGCGGCGUCGUUUGUUUCGGCUUGGCUGUCGUGCUCUUGGCCACCACCCUCAUAUCUGGGAGAAGCGCGGCCAAUCUAAACAAUUUGUCCUGGAAUCAAGACUGA